AUGGAUGGAAAGCCUGAUGUCUGGGAAGGACUUUUUGGUGUCUGUGGACAGUGGAUUGCACUUAUUAGCAGCAAGAAGAAGGUAACUACCUGGUUUAGACACGCUUAUAAGUGUCACACGCACCUUAAGGUGAAAGACACAUCUAAACGUCGCCGUAAAAGGGGAAACGCCAAGGGUUUUGGCCAAGCCUCAAGGCGGAAGCUCAACAUCAACGGCCCAUGGCAAUGA